AUGCUUGCCCGCUCUGCGCUCUUCCUUGCGAUGGCCAUUUCGGCGACCCCGUGCUCCGGGCAGCUGAUGCGCCGGGAGGCCAGCAGCCGGAAGGGCCCCUCGACGCUCCAGGCAGUCUUGCAGGAGUUGCUGGGUGGGGUGCCGUCCCAGCGGCUCUUCGCGAUCGAGGCCAGCGUGCGGCCGACAUACGAGGCCUUCCCCAAGAACGCCAUGGGCCAGAUCCCAUCACACGAGAUCUUCGCUGCCAUCGUCAGGGCCUACUUCCUGAAGGAGCACGGGUGGCUCUUGAAGGGCGUGGAGCCCCCGAGCAUGGUGCCAGUUGUGACGGCAGUGCCCCAAGCAGGUGUCUUGCGCGAGAAGGCCCCCAAGCUUGCCGAGGCUCUCGAGCGUCUGCUUGCCGCCGAUCGCGGGCUCUCCAUCAGCGACGUCGUCGGUACGAUCGCCGCCCUCGAGCACCUGUUGCUGGAGGAGUCCACGGCGUUGCUGCGCAGCGCGUACGCGCUGAACGAGCGCAGCGUGGAGGAGCGGCUGGACAAAGAGGGUCUCCACGAGGUGCUUCGCUCGUAUCUGCUUCUCUUCCGCCAGGGGAUGCCGCGCAACUUGACAGACGUGUCCCUCCACCAGCGGAUGAAGGCCCGUGCGCGGAACGUGGAGGACUGGAAGGAACUUCUCAAGUUUGAGGCGGAGUCUGUUGCGCUCGAUGGUCGCGAGAGCGAUCUCUCCUUUGAGGAGGCAGCCAAGAUCGCCUCGGAGAUGACGCUUCGCUUCGGGAAGUGGCAGAAUUCGGAGUGCGUUCAGAUGAAGGACAAUCUCAUGGCGCUCGGGUCCACGAGUUCCGGACGCGUGCCGUUAGAGGUCUUCCAUGCUGAAAGGAAGCAUGCAAGCUACCAGUUCACCGAGUCGGCCGAGUACCUCCAGCGGUCGGGAGCACUCGACGAAGCCGAGGACGGCACCAAGCAGGUGCUCGUCGCCAACUACCUGCUCGGGCGUUCGAACUGCAUCGCCUCCUCUGAGUACUACUCCGUGUGCUGCCUGAGCGAGUGCGAGGCCCUGACGAGCGAGCUGGAGCAGAAGGUGCAGGCGCCAGCGUGGCCGGCCCCGCGGCUGCUGAGCCUAGUUGGCCAGACGCCGUCCUCGUCCGUGAGCGCGCCCCGCGAGCUGCCCGCGGCGCUGACGCAGGACUUGGAGGCCAUCGCCGCCCGGCACGAUGGCCUGGUGCCCCUGCACAGCGCGGACUUCAAGCACUUCCUGCACGGCGCCUUCCCCAACGAGUGCCCACUGCCCACGGCCACGGAGAGCGUCGCGGAGGAAACAGAGAGGACGGCGGCCAUCGAUUGGUUGGCGCGGCAGGAGGAGUGCACGCGGCUCCCGGACUGGCACCCGGCCAAUUGGGAAGAGGAGGAGGCCACCUUAGUGCGCGUCUGA